GUGUGGACACUGCCAGCGGCUGCAGCCUACUUGGAAUGACCUGGGAGACAAGUACAACAGCAUGGAGGAUGCCAAGGUCUACGUGGCCAAAGUGGACUGCACAGCCGACUCAGACGUGUGCUCCGCGCAGGGGGUGCGAGGAUACCCCACCUUGAAGCUUUUCAAGCCUGGCCAAGAAGCUGUGAAGUACCAGGGGCCUCGGGACUUCCAGGCGCUGGAAAACUGGAUGCUGCAGACACUGAGCGAGGAGCCUGCGACACCAGAGCCAGAAGCAGAACCACCCAGAGCCCCUGAGCACAAGCAGGGACUGUAUGAGCUCUCAGCGAGCAACUUUGAGCUGCAUGUCGCACAAGGUGACCACUUCAUCAAGUUCUUCGCUCCGUGGUGCGGUCACUGCAAAGCUCUGGCUCCAACCUGGGAGCAGCUGGCUCUGGGCCUUGAACAUUCUGAAACUGUCAAGAUUGGCAAGGUUGAUUGUACACAGCACUAUGAACUCUGUUCGGGAAACCAGGUUCGUGGCUAUCCUACUCUCCUGUGGUUCCGAGAUGGACAAAAGAUCGACCAGUACAAAGGCAAGCGGGAUCUGGAGUCCCUGCGAGAGUACGUGGAGUCCCAGCUGCAGAGCGCGGAGCCUGAGGCCCCGGACACCGUCCAGCCUCCAGAGGCUCCGGCGCCGGCCACCGAGCCCACGGCCCAGGGCACGGUGUUGGCACUGACGGAAAAGAACUUCGAGGACACCGUAGCAGAAGGAAUAACCUUCAUCAAGUUUUAUGCUCCAUGGUGUGGUCAUUGUAAGAAUCUGGCUCCGACGUGGGAGGAACUCUCUAAAAAGGAAUUCCCUGGUUUGGCAGAGGUCAAGAUCGCUGAAGUGGACUGUACGGCAGAGCGGACUAUUUGCAGCAAGUACUCGGUACGAGGCUACCCCACGUUGUUGCUUUUCCGCGGAGGGCAGAAAGUCAGCGAGCACAGCGGAAGCAGAGACCUUGACUCGCUGCACCACUUCGUCCUACGGCAGGCCAGAGACGAGCUGUAGAACCGCUCACCGGGCGCCCAGCCCCCCCCCGUGCCCUGGGUGUUGGCGCCGAACCACGCAGGUGUUGUGGAGUCUCCCGCGGCGGUGUUUCCGAGGGCUGGGUGUACUGAACUUGUGGCAUCUUCUGUGUGUGUCUUCUAAGCCAACACACGUUACAGAUUCUUUACUAAGUUUCUCUAAGUAAACACGUAACUCACGAUCCCUUCGCAAACUAAAUAUUUUCAGUGGCGAUCUGUCGUCCCCUUCACCCUUCUCUUGAUGAAUCGAAAUGGUUUCCUUUGAGACUAAAAUAGAGUUGAGGAAAAUCCAA